AUGGGUAGUGCCUACCACUGGGAGGCCCGGCGUCGACAGAUGGCUUUGGACCGAAAGAGGUGGUUGCUGACCCAGCAAGAGCAGCAGCAGCAGCAAAAGCAGCAGCACCAAGAACAGGAACUGAAGAAACUGCAAGAGCUGGAACGUCAGCCUGAGAAAAAGCGCGAGCCCCAUCAGGAGUCAAAGAAGCCACAGCCACCACCAGCACAGUCACUCUCACCAAUGGCACCAUCACAGUCACAGCCACCACCCCAGCCAGCGCCACAGCCAGUGCAGCAAAGCACCCAAGACCCUCUGGCUCAGUGCACCCUCAAGCCUAACCUCCAGAAGGAUGCCCAGAGGCCAGGUCUCCUAAACCCAUGCCAGUGUAGGCCUCCCAAGUACAACGAGUAUUCUCGACUCACGGCUAUUGUGGACUGCUCCUAUAAAAACCCUAUGAAUGUGCUGUUUGGGGCCACCCUCCGGUAA